GCCCGCGGGCCCCGGAGCCAGUCUGCACCGGGUCCCGCCUGCCCUUCAGUCUGAUGCCCAUCCAGCCCUCCAACCACCUGGAAUGGAAUGAGCCUAUGCACUCCCUCCGGAUAAGUGUAGGGGGCCUUCCGGUGCUGGCGUCCAUGACCAAGGCAGCAGAUCCCCGCUUCCGCCCCCGCUGGAAAGUGAUCCUGCCAUCCUUUGUGGGCGCUGCUGUCCUCUGGCUGCUGUACUCCCACCGCCCGCCCCCAGGCAGGCCCCCCGCACCCAACGCCCACAACUGGAGGCUCAGCCAGGCACCUGCUGACCGGUAUAAUGACACCUACCCCCUGUCUGCCCCCCAGAGGACGCCGGGUGGGACUCGGUUCCGAAUCGCAGUUAUUGCUGACUUGGACACAGAGUCUAGAGCCCAAGAGGAAAAUACCUGGUUCAGUUACCUGAAGAAGGGCUACUUGACCCUGUCAGACAGCGGGGACAAGGUGGCUGUGGAGUGGGACAAAGGCCACGGGGUCCUCGAGUCCCACCUAGCUGAAAAGGGGCGGGGCAUGGAGCUGUCUGAGCUGAUUGUCUUCAACGGGAGACUCUACUCUGUGGACGACCGGACAGGGGUCAUCUACCAGAUCGAGGGCACCAAAGCCGUGCCGUGGGUGAUUCUGUCCGAUGGCGAUGGAACCGUGGGGAAAGGCUUCAAAGCAGAGUGGCUGGCUGUGAAGGACGAGCAUCUGUAUGUGGGCGGCCUGGGCAAGGAGUGGACCACCAGCACGGGGGAAGUGAUGAACGAAAACCCUGAGUGGGUAAAGGUGGUGGGCAGCAGAGGCAGCGUGAACCACGAGAACUGGGUGUCCAGCUACAGCGCUCUGCGGGCCGCUGCAGGGAUCCAGCCUCCAGGCUACCUCAUUCACGAGUCUGCCUGCUGGAGUGACACGCUGCAGCGAUGGUUCUUCCUGCCGCGCCGGGCCAGCCACGAGCGGUACAGCGAGAAGGAUGACGAGUACAAGGGCACCAACCUGCUCCUGAGUGCUGCCCAGGACUUUGGCGACAUCUCCGUCAGCCGUGUGGGGGAGGUGGUCCCCACGCACGGCUUCUCCUCCUUCAAGUUCAUCCCCAACACUGACGACCAGAUCAUUGUGGCCCUCAAGUCUGAGGAGGACAGGGGCAAGAUCGCCACCUACAUCAUGGCCUUCACACUGGACGGGCGCUUCCUACUGCCAGAGACCAAGAUCGGCAACGUGAAAUAUGAAGGAAUAGAGUUCAUUUAAAUUUACAAAACUCAAACCGGCAAGGCCCAGAGGUGGACAGUUUUCAGCUCCAUCAGGACUCGAAUUUUAUAAAAACCAGAGGACUGCACUUUUCUUUGGUGUUUUGUUUUGCUUUUUUUUCCUUUUUGAAACUCCGAGGUGUGUGCCUGAUUCAGGGAGUUCAGCCCCAGGGUGCCUGGAGCGACGAAGCCCAGAGUCCUCGGAGCUGGGAAAGGGGCCUGGUCCCCGCAGUGCACUGACCCGUGUGUGCGCUGCCAUCUGGUGGUGGGAGCUGGUCCCUGCAGGAAUCCUAAGCUGGGACCCCUCCUUUGUAACCCGGCCUCGCCCUUCUUCCAUCCGACCUUCCUUUCUCCUCUUUCUGUUUGUUCUUCCAUUCAAUAAAUGUUUCUUGAGCUCCUACUAUGUGUCAAGCACUGUGCUCCCUCUGGGAACGAAAUAGCGAGUCCGAAGUGGACCUGCCCGUCAGGAACUCCCAGGCCACCUCCUUUUCUUCCUUCUUCGUGAACUUCGUGCAUUAAAUCCACUUCUCCAAGUUCCUGGAAAAGAAUCUGUCUACACUGCAGAGAAUUAUAGGGCUGUGUGGGUGAGGGCAGGCCUCCAGGGACGCAUCUGCCCAAAUUCUGCAGGAAAGGACACAAGCUUGCUCGUUUGUCCUCAGCCUCACAUCAGACAGUCUCCACUUCAUGUGAUCCACUCCAGUUUUUCCCUUCAGGAAAAUUCUGUGGCCAUGCAGCACUUUGAAGUUGUAAUUAUUAACUUAAUUGAACCAAUUUCCUUUCUCGGAAUCACCAAAUCUGAUCACACAGAGCAAAGUCCCAUAGUUAACAACUUCAUUUCCAGCGGUGGAGGAGAUUGGAAUUAGGUUCUGACAGUUGGUAAGACAAGUUUUUAAGCGUUUCCAAGCCCUUGGUCAAAGGACACAAAGGUAAAACAUUGCUUUUUAUGAGCAACUCUCAGAAGUUGUCAUGCCUUUAAAGACUUCCACAAAUGAUUAUCUUACUUCCUGACCCAAGUGGCACCCUACGUUCUGCCACGCCCGCCCUGGGUCCUGGGCGCUGAGCUCUGUCCUCCGGGGGUUAGCAAUGACGCCCUCCUGGCCCGAUGGCUUCUGUCCCCUGACCCUUUAUUCCCCCUUCUCUGGGGAGCUUUGAAGUCUUUUCUCUGGAAACUUCGCACAAACCCUGCUUGUCUGCGUCCCUUGGCCUCUUCUCCAUGCUCCAGGACAAAGGCAGAGGGUUUAGGACAGGUCAGCCAGGACUGGAGCCAAGAAGGGCCCCACCAUCAGCCCACAGCGCCCCUUUCCUGAAGUUCCCUGUCCCCUCAGGAGGAUGUGGGGUGCCGUGAUGGCCCAGGAAGGGCCAUCAGACUUUUCUCACAGACUCUAAUACAGCUGCUAGGAAGGAACCCAGUGAGGAUCCCUUUUGCGCUGCUGUGUUUCUUCCAGUAUAAAAUAUCUAGCAAAAGAAUGUGACACGUUUCUCUGGAACUCGGCUCUUGCUGGACAUAGCCUGGAAGGCCCGAGUCUUUUCUGACUUUGCCUGGCCGAGCACCCCAACCCACUUCCUUGAUAAAUGUCACUGAUGUUGGGGCUGUGAGUUUUUAAGACACAGGCGAAGUGAGGAAGGUUGGAGGACUUGGGACAGUCACUCAGUUGAGACCUGUCAGCCAUGGCCUAGGUGCCCCGAAGAGCAUUCUCACCAUCAGUGAUUUUCGACUCUUUUAAAGCUAGACAUUUUUUUGUUUCUCUAUCUGCUGCUGUCAGCAUAAUGAUUGUGUUCCUUCCAGCUGGAGCCAUUGUUUUGUAAACAAUAAAGUGCCAGAGGGGACUGUG